CCGAGCCCCGUUGUUCCGGUUGCUGGUUAUCGCCGGGAUAGAAGGCUGGCCAGGCGCCCGUGAACCCGGCGCGUCCCUCUGUCCUGCUGCAAUCCGCCGCCUUCGCCCUGCCCGCUGCCAUGGCGCGCUCGACCGCCUGGCUGUCCUUGCUUCUGGCCGCCCUCCUGCAGUUCGGGCCGUGCUCGGCCGACACUCCGGCCAACUGCACUUUUGAGGACCUGGAGGGCACCUGGGUGCUCCAGGUGAGGCGGGGGCAGGGGCCCUCGAGCCGGCAGAUCAAUUGUUCCGACCCGGGUCCUGUGGAGAAAAUCGUAAGAGUUCAUCUUCAGAAACUUGACGCUGCUGAGGACGAUCAAGGGAAUUAUGGCUUUUUCACCAUAAUUUACAACCAAGGCUUCGAGAUUGACUUGAAUGACUACAAAUGGUUUGCAUUUUUUAAGUAUAAAAGAGAAGGCCCUACUGUAACAAGUUACUGCAACGAGACUCUACCAGGCUGGGUGCAUGAUGUCCUGGGCCGUAACUGGGCAUGUUUCACUGGAUACAAGGUCUCAUCUUCAGGUCUCCAAGUUCAUGUACAUCAGCUGCCUCCUUGGAAAAGCUCUAGAAUAGUUCAGCAGAAGCCCCAUGUGACCAGCUACGACUUUGUGAAAGCCAUCAAUGCUGUUCAGAAAUCAUGGAGAGCAACUGCCUACAAGGAAUAUGACAGACUUACUUUAGAAGAUCUCACUCGGAGAGCCGGCGGGUUAAAUUCCAAAGUUCCAAGACAAAAACCUGCCCCUCUGACUGCUGAAAUAAUCAAAGAGGCUUCCAAACUACCAAAAUCCUGGGACUGGAGGAAUGUGGAUGGCUUUAAUUACGUCAGCCCGGUACGAAACCAAGCCUCCUGUGGCAGCUGCUAUGCAUUUGCUUCAAUGGGCAUGCUGGAAGCCAGGAUUCGUAUCCUCACCAACAAUUCUCAGACUCCAACACUGAGCCCCCAGCAAGUUGUUUCUUGCAGUGAAUACUCCCAAGGUUGUGAUGGUGGAUUCCCUUACCUUAUUGCUGGAAAAUACACACAGGAUUUUGGCAUAGUUGAGGAGGCAUGCUUUCCUUAUAAAGGCAAGGACUCCCCCUGCAUUUUUAAGAAUGAUUGUUACCACUACUACACCUCCAACUACUACUACGUUGGUGGGUUUUAUGGUGGGUGCAAUGAAGCCUUGAUGAAACUGGAGCUCGUUAAGCAUGGACCAAUGGCUAUUGCUUUUGAAGUCUAUAAUGAUUUUAUGUACUACCAAGGGGGGAUCUACCACCACACCGGUCUGAUGGACCCUUUUAACCCUUUUGAACUGACCAAUCAUGCUGUUUUGCUUGUGGGUUAUGGCAGCUGUUCACAUACUGGUGAGCAAUUCUGGAUUGUGAAGAACAGUUGGGGAACCUCUUGGGGUGAGGAAGGUUAUUUUCGGAUCCGGAGAGGCACUGAUGAAUGUGCUAUAGAAAGCAUAGCAGUGGCUGCUACACCUAUACCUAAAGUAUAGCUGUGGAAUUAUUUCAAAAGACCUUUGCCCAGAGAGCAAGAGUGUCCAUCCUGGAAGCGCAGUGGAUGAUCACAUAAUGGCAUGUGGGAAAGACCUUGAUACUGAGCAAACAGACACUGUGAAGGAAAUGGUCAGAUAAGAGUCAGCAUAGCCCUCGGCUGGAUAGUGGGUGGGAUAAGAGGCUCAGAAAAGACCCUCCCUAGUUUCUCGGACUGUAAAGGAGAUGGAGGGGUGGGGGAUUGUACUUUCAGACUUGCAAGAUUGAUGUUGACCUUGUGCGAUGAACCAGAUAGGAAUCACAACUAGAUGAGCUAAUUCUACUUUAUUGUAAAGCUACAUUGACAAAAUCUUGCAAGUCUGAAAGUACAAUCCUCCCUACCCCCACUGGUCUCCUUUACAGCCCGAGAAAUAGGGAGGGUCCCCUCUGAGCCUCUUGCCCCGCCCACUAUCCAGUUGAGGGCUAUGCUGUCUCUUGUCUGACUGUUCCCUUGGCAGCAUCUCUUUGCCCAGUCUCCCAAGGUCUUUCCCACAUACCAUUAGAGAUCAUUAUAUAUUUAGAAAAUUUAAAGACAUCGCUUUCACUGCCUAAAAUAGUGAACUUUAACAAAAACUUUCCAGACAAAUUUGUUUUGCCAUUCUUCAAAAGGUGUUAAAUGAGAGCCAUAGUGGUUAGAAGAGAAGAUC